AUGCGAUGUGAUGCCAGAUACCCUGGUAUUUCUGUUUGUAUGGAGGUUGUGACUGACCUCCUGGGCAAACAAUCAUUGGGAAAAAUGAUGAAAAUGGAAGAAGGCGACGGUUGCCACGUUGACCAAGAAUACCCACAAUUUACUUUUGAGGAACAAACACAGUUUGUCGGGUCGUUUGCUCAGCCUUUAGCUUCCGAGAAAUUGACAAAACGUUUAUAUAAGCUUGCUCGGAAAGCUAAACGUGUAAGAAAGACGGAGGUUGGCAUAAAGGCAAUUCUUAAAGCAGUAGAAAAAAAAGGAGCAUCAGGCAUCGUUGUGUUAGCUGGUGAUAUUUCCCCAUUUGAUCUCAUAUCACAUGUGCCGUUAGUAUGCGAAGAACACGAUAUUCCUUAUUGCUAUGUUCCAUCAAAAUUUGAUCUUGGUGCAUGUGUAUCAUCAGUUACUCCCAUACCCAUUGUUUUCAUAACACGUGAUGAGCAGUAUGGUGACUUGUACGAUAAAUGCUACACAGCUGUUGAUGCAUUGCCCCUACCUUUGUAA